UGAAAUCUACUCCCUACAGAAUUCAUAAUGCCAACAAAUUGUCUACCUCACCCUAGCUUUUUCCAUUUAAUGGAAAAAAAUUAAAAUAAUAGAAUUUAAGUGAGAAUAUUCCUCCGCCGCGACGAUUGUUCACCGUCACCGGCAGCACGCCGACUUCUAGAUCUUCUUGAUCAUCUACUUCCACUUUUAUCGUCAUCUAUGUGAGUUGAAUUCGAGGUAUAGCAACGGAUUCUCUAUUGAAGGACAAUUUUACGACGAUUCACCUCGUUGUUAAGGUGUUAUUAGGGGACAGUGAUCCAAAGUUCAGUUCACUCUGUCACAAACUUAUCAAGCAUGAAGAUGCCAAAACAAGUGAAGAAGACUCUGAAACGUCAUGACUCAGUUCCCAUGGAUUGGUUCAACUACAUCAAUGAUGAUAGUUUAAAAUCUGCAAUCCCAAUUGGACCACGUUUUCAGGCUGACUUGCCCGAGUGGAGUGGCCCACCUCACAGUGCUCUUAGUGAAUGUGACUCUUCAAAAUGGUUAGGCACCGUGAUAUGGUCAAUGAACAACACAACCCGAGAAAGCAAAGGGGAUGCCAUAGGGAAAGGAAGACCUGAAUCUUGCAAUUGCUCUCCCCCGGGAUCCGUCCUCUGCGUCAAGCGCCACGUCACUAAGGAAACCGCACAACUGAGAAAGGAUUUGGGACCCGCUUUCCAGAAAUGGAAGUUUGAUCAAAUGGGAGAAAGUGUUGCCAAGUUAUGGAAGCAACCAGAGCAGCAGAAGUUCACCCACCUUAUGAAAAAGAAUAUACUUUUAGAAGGUAAAGAAUUCAUAAAAUCCGCCUUGGAAUGCUUUCCAUUGAAGUCGAAGAAAGCCAUAGUCGGCUAUUACUUCAACGUAUACAUCCCUAGACAAAUGAGCAUACAAGCGAGGUCAGGCUGUACAAUGGUAGAUACAGAUGAUGAAGAAGAGAAGUCUAAGAGUCUUUGUUCCAAAAAGUCUAGAAAGAGGGAUCGGGGUGAUGGUAUAACUUUGUACAGUUCUAAACUUGUGAAGACCAGGUACUUGACCGGAAGAAGAUGACCAUAUUUCCAUGGAUGAGGAGGCUGCUAGCUCUGUAUUACUACUCCGGUUUUCAGCACUAAUCCGAGAAGACAAGUCUCCUUUUGCGGGUAUGUUUUUCUUCUUCUCAUUUCCUUUACAAGUAAAGAUCUUUCCCAACUAGAUUCAUAUCGGGGAAUCAAUAGGCAAAGCCAACAUCUUUAGGUAGGAAUUUGAUGAAGUAGUUUUGCCUAAGAUCCACACAUUCAACUUGCUUUGCUUUGCAUCUCCUAUAUCCCAUGAUCAUGGUAGUUAUUGAAGUGUUUUUAUGUUCCACAACUAAGGGGUUGUUUACUAAACACUUAAUGCCUUUUACCAGUAACUGAACA